UGUUUAUUUGACAAGGGAAAAUGUAAAUUAAAGAAAGAGAGAAAUAAGGAAGAUAUGGUUGUGGAAAGUAAGAAAGAGGUCCUAGAAAUGAUAAGGGAAAGUUGGUUGAGGAAGCUAAGGUUAUAAGGAGUAGUGAGAAAUAGUUUUCCAUAUUGAAGGUGUGGUGGUGUAAGGAGUAGUGAGAAGAUCAUCAUCUGUAGCCAUGUUUGAAGAGCAGGUGAUGAUUGAUGAGAUCCCUCCUCCUCUCCAAUUCGGAUGCCUUGAAUCUUUGAACAAUAAUAACAAUAAUAAAGCUUUCCUGGGUGCCAUAGCUUCUCCACCACCAGAUCUCGUCACUUCUUCUUGUUUGGGAGCAGCACACCAACUCCUUUCACUCAACAGAUCCACUGCAAAUAAUUCAUGGGCAUGGGGUCAGGUAACAGCAGAAGAUUGUGUGAUGAUGAUGAGGGUGGGUAACAAAAGAGGAGGAGAUGUUCAUAGCCAUGUAGGGUUAGGGAUUGCAGCGAUGAAGAUGAAAAUGAAGAAGACGAAAGUGAGAAGGAAGGUGAGGGAGCCUAGGUUUUGCUUCAAGACCAUGAGUGAUGUCGAUGUUCUCGACGACGGUUACAAAUGGAGAAAGUACGGCCAGAAAGUCGUCAAGAACACACAACACCCCAGAAGCUACUACCGUUGCACAGAAGAAAAGUGUAGAGUGAAGAAACGAGUGGAGCGCUUAGCAGAGGAUCCAAGGAUGGUUAUAACAACGUAUGAAGGAAGACAUGUUCAUUCUCCCUCCAACGACCUCCAAGCAUCCGAAACUACUUCUCAACUAACCGAUUUCCUAUGGUAGUAGUUGUCACCAGAUCCAACAUCAUGUCAUCAUAUUUUACAUCUUUAUGUAUGUACAUCAGCAUGUACUAUAUAUAAUAUUCUAGUACGUGUAUCUACAAAUGAUGAUGCAUCACCAGCCACUUGCAAAAGCCACGCCUUAAAUUAAUUGUGGCUGUACCUUUUUAGUUCUUUUUAAGUUUCAAGUACCCCAUCAUGAAUGCAUUAUGUUAUACUGAGAAUUGGUGUAAUCUUAUAAACUCUAACAAACCAGCAAUAUUCUU